AUGAACCAUCUCUUCCGCAACGACUUCAACUCAAACAAUUCCUCCCACUCUCCCGCACCCUCUGUUCCAUAUAGUGGAGGUAACGACAACACUGUUGGCGGAGGCAACGGCAGCACAAACAGCUUUACUCAUGAUACACUUCGUCCACAGGGUUUAGAUUAUAAUCACCAGCACCAGCAGCACCAGCAGCAUCAGCAGCACCAGCAGUACCAGCAGCACCAACACCAGCAGACAUAUCCAUUCCAGCCAUUACAUUAUCAGUCGCCCUACCAGCAACAACAGCAACAGCAACAGCAACAACAGCAGCAACAACAACACCACCACCAGUCAUAUCCUUCCUACUCAAAUCAGCAUCAGUAUCCACAGCAGCCACAACAAAGCCAACACUAUGGCAGUCCUCCUUCUGAGGACCAUCGUCCUUUAGAUUCAGAUUCAUAUAAUAAUUAUGGCGUCCAUUCCUCGCGCCGUGCUUCAAAUGAGCGCGUGAACCAGGAAGGGCCCAUCCGAUCCCAUAUUCGUGGUAUGUCCUCUGAGCAUAGCCAUCCCGUACGCUUCAAUCCCAGUAGGAACUACAAUGCGGAAUCAUCCGAGCAUGGGACAUUUCUCUCUCGACCUAAGGCACCAGGACUUCCAUGCAUAGCUUGCAACAUGUCCAGAGCCCCAUGUGAUGGUGGCUCCCCCUGUCGCUCCUGCUUCGUUAACAGAUUACGAUGUCACUACGAGGGCGAUAACAAUACGCGUUUCUUUGGAAUCGAUGCAUUGCAACUAGAUCACUCUCUGUCGUCCCAGCAGCAACAACAAGCGCAUCAGCCACAUCUGCAGCACAUACACGACGACAAUCACGACAAUCACGACAAUCAUGACAAUCGUGAUUAUCGUGAUAGUCGUGACAAUUUCUCCUCACAUGCAGGUUCUUCAGACUCCUUGUCGUCCCAUCCCUCGCGUUCUCGCUCCAGAUCAGAUGACUCUAUUUCUGGCUUGGGUUCUGGAUCAUCUGUUGGUGGCAGGAGUAAUCAUGACCAUUCAUAUCCACGAAUCUCACCCAUCAUAUCCCCUCCCGUAACUCUCUCUGAUCAAUCUUUGAUCUCAAUACCUCCAUUUCAAGAGCUUAGUCACCCUGAUAGAAACCAGCAUAACAAAGUGACUUUACCUUCAAUCUCGACCAUGAGGCCGUCCAUUGUACCCUUGUCUUCGGCUACAUCGUCAUCUACUACAUCUCAGAAUUCGCGAUCUUCCUCCUCAGCCAAAACUAGUAACACGGCGUCACUUUCAAGGAACUUUCAAGCUCACAAUACAGAAAAUGGGGUUGGUCAAAAUGCGGGAUCUUCUUCCAAAACCAUCAAUGAACGACUUAUUCUUCCAGGGCAAAGAUUAUCUGGUUCUCGUGGUACCCAAGAUAAAUCGACCUCCAAUCAGAUCGGUUCUGGAAUAGACAGCAGUGAUACACCUGUGCGGCGGGUGCCUACAAAAAAACAGCUUCAACAGGCUCAGAUACCAAAAGAUCCGCUUUAUUCCCUCUCUAGCGCUAGCAUCCGGGCUCGUAAGAAUGCUCUUGAAAUGGAAAAUAUCCAACGAGCAAGCACAUUAUAUACUGAUUUUGUUGGCAAAAUUAAGACUCUGUCUGCAUCCGUGGUGAGUGAGUCCGAGAUUGCAAACAAAAUUACAGCAACCUAUCUUUCCGAUAGCGUCAUGUCCUUCAAGGGGACAGUUGCUAAUAUGGAGGAGCUUGGAGGAAGUGAUCAAGAUAAAGAUAUUAGCCCACCCUCCAACGAUGAUGAAGAUCGUCAGUUGGAUUCGGAAAAGGAGAGGCAAACAGGCUCCUCCAAUGCUGAGUCUCCCUAUAAGGGCAAGUCCACAAACUCAGGCUCGAGGAAUGGUUUUGGAUCUGAACAGGGUUUGGACCGUAUGGCCCGAUCCGGGAUGUUGCAUAGCCUGAUCCAACAAUACUUCACGCUAAUUCAUCCUCAGUUCAUGAUCCUCCAUAAGAACCAAUUCUUGGUUCGAUUCUGGGCGCAGUAUGGGCCCUUUCCGGAGGCCAAAGAGAUUCAUACGGGGAUCCUUCACCGUGCUAAGCCUGAGAAUGUAUGGCAAGGUUCCGUUGAGACUCGUAACAGCAGCAACGAACGAGAUUCAACAUGUUUAGGUCAUGUUGAUCGACUCUUGCUAUUAGCCAUGUUGGCAUUAGUAUCUAGGCAUAUCAACGAUCGGAGUAUGCUAAAGAGUACUGCUGAAGACAGGCAGCGGCGAUUGGAGAAAAGCUUUGUUCUUUUACUAGCCCAGAGUCAUGGAACUGAAAGAGAAGCUCAAUGCCAGGAGAAAGUACAAGAAUCACGUUUACAGGAUUUAAUGGAAACAGAUGAGAAUGGGGAGAGCGAGACAGGCGAGGACUUUGAGGACCGUGGUGAACAGUUCUUCCAGUGGGCAUCCGAGCUUUUGAAGGCAGAGUAUGAGGAGCCAUCACUUACGGUAAUACAGUCCUUGCUACUGUUACGUGAGUAUGCUGUCUUGGCUGGAAAUCAUUCCCAAGCGUAUAUGUAUGGGGGAACAGCCAUUACUAUGGCAAUGGGUCUUGGGUGGCACCAUGCUCACCUUUCUCAGGAUUCGAGUCGUGAGGAGAGCCCCAACGUUGUUGGCCAGACGAGAAAUUCUGCAGACGAACAGUUAGAGGAACAAAGGCUGAAAGAGAGAAAAGUGAAUGAUGAAGAACAAAAGAUGUGUUGGUGGCAAUGUUUCAUCGUUGAUCGAUGGAUGUCUGCAACCUACAAUCGCCCAGUUAAUAUCCCGGUCCACAUUUUUGACAAGACUCAUCUUCGGCCUCUACCUAGGCUCAAGAAGAUGUCGCAGGCGCCAGGAGGGGAAGGUCAACAAGGAAGCUUGUCGGUCUUGACACCAGAGUUUUGGCUAACGCCCAAUGAGUCCGAUAUAGUUCCUCCAGAAUCUCUGAAAAAGUCUGGGGACGUCGACAUACAACUAAUAGGAUCCGGACCAACUACGACUACAUCUUCUAAUUUACCUGGAGGACAGUAUCGAGCCAAGGCAUUUUUUGACCAACAAUGUCGACAAGCGUUGUUACUGGAUGAUAUCCUGUGCUUCUUAUCUUCUUGGUCUGACGAUUUGUUUGUAAACUCUGCCGAGUUUGAGAAGCUUAGUGUAGCACUUGAUGACUGGCAGCGGUCACUGGCCGAUUGGCAAACUUUUCCACUCUCGGGUAUUGUAGCCAUGACGCCUUCCAAAAACAAAGGACAAAUGAUCCCGGAAAAUGAGCCCGGUCGCGGUCUCCCUGGGACGACAUCGACGCUUGUCACCAAUACCAACACAAUAGAAGGCCGAGAUGUUGUUCAGUCAACAUUGCUUGGCAUUACUUUCCAUACAAUCCGAAUUUUGUUAUACCGCCCUUUCCUACGGACUAACUUGCGCCAUCCACCAUGUUUGCCUGCCCGAGCUAGUUCAGUAUGUGCACAAUCGGCCAAUGCGAUGACUUCAUUAGCAGAGUAUCUGAUGAACCAGACGGAUUUGACGGUGCAGCCAUGCUUGCUGAUGCGUCACCAGUUCCCGCUUGUGACAGCAGCCGGAAUUCAACUUAUGAACGCCAAUCUGGAUGAUGAACCUCGACUGUCGACACCUGCUAAAAUUAAUCUACUGAAAACGAUACGUAUUCUUCGGGAUGCAGAUAGGUCGUCCUGGGGAGCCGGUGUCAAAGAUGGGUUCCAUCAAGUAUUGCGUGAAUUCUUUCCUACUCAGAUGAAGCUAAUGUACGAUGGACUACCAAACAUCGAGUAA